AUGGCGAAAGACCUCGAAACGGGGCCACCACCCCCCGUCGCCGGACCAGAAAGAGACAUUGACACAGAUUCCUCCUCACCUUCCUCAAAAUCACCACCAGUAAAGCCAACAAGAGAAAAGACGGAUGGCGCCUCGACGACAGACACAGACUCGGACUCGGACGAAGACGUCGCCCCCCAACCGCUAGAAACAGGAGGCGUCAUAUCACGAACCAUCAGCCGCCUGACCCGUCAAAGCACAAACUACGACCCCGGCCCUCCCCCCGACGGCGGCGUCAAAGCCUGGACUGCCGUGUUCUGUGCCCACCUCGUCAUCUCCAACACUUGGGGCAUCAUCAACUCCUUUGGUGUCUUCCAACCCUACUACACCACCACCCUCUCCCGCCCUCCAUCCGACAUAUCCUGGGUUGGGUCAGUGCAAAUCUUCCUGCUCUUCUUCAUCGGCGCCAUCACCGGCCGCCUCACAGACGCGGGUUUCUUCCGGCACAUCUUCGCCCUGGGAACGGUGCUGCUCCUGCUGGGGACGUUUACCGUUUCCGCUGCGAGCACGUACAGCCAGGUCUUUCUCAGCCAGGGUAUAUGCAUGGGCCUGGGGAUGGGGUGUCUGUUCUGCCCGAGCAUCUCGACGGUGAGCACGUACUUUGACAAGAGGCGGGCGAUUGCGCUGGCGGUUGCGGCCUGUGGCAGUGCGACGGGUGGGUUGAUCUUCCCCAGCAUGGUGCGCGAGCUGCUGCCCAAGGUUGGGUUUGGGUGGACGAUGAGGAGCAUUGGGUUUAUCCAGCUUUUGACCUUGGGGGUGGGCUGUGUGUUUUUGAAGCCGAGGAUCAAGCCGAGGAAGUCGGGGCCGUUGAUUGAUUUGGCGGCUUGGAAGGAGGGGGAGUAUGUCAUGUAUGCGUUGGGGGCUUUUACUUGCUUUAUUGGGUUGUACUUUCCGUUCUAUUACGUGGCGUCGUUUAGCAGGGACAUCAUUGGGCUGGACUUCACCGAGAGCUUGAAUUUGUUGCUGGUGAUGAACGGCGUGGGAGUGAUCGGGAGACUAGGCCCGAACGCCGUUGCCGACCGAGUUGGACCUCUCAAGGUGUUUGUUCCUGUGGCGGGACUCUGCGGCGUUUGUGUCAUCUGCUGGAUGGCUGUGAAAGAUGUGGCGGGCCUCUAUGUGUGGUCUUGCUUCUACGGGAUGGUCGCCGGUGGUAUUCAGAGUCUAUUCCCGGCCGGACUGAGCAGUCUCAACACCGACGUGCGGAAAGCCGGUGUGAGGAUCGGGAUGGUGUUUACGACGGUCAGUUUUGCAACCCUGGCAGGCCCGCCAGUUGCCGGUGCCAUCAUCACAGCUUGUGAUGGGGACUAUUGGGGUGCGCAGGUUUUUGCCGGGACAACGUUGCUCAUUGGAAUGGUGCUUGUCGCGGCCUCCUUUGUCAUCAAGAGCAGGAAGAUGAUGGCUGAAACUGGGGCAACAUCUAUGUGGAGCGUCAAGGCGUGAGUGAGAGGCAAAACACGGGCGGGCAGGCAAUGCGCCUACCUUUGCUCACAUGUAUAUACAAACCAUGAUCUAUGUAACCGCAUGUUGACGCCGCUGCCAGGGGCUUUUCCUUCCCCAUAUCUACCGAAAAGAGCAAGGCAUCAUGUGGCGAACUUUGCCCACUGUCAGUUCUAUUCCGUCGCUUGAUGCCGCGGCUGUCAAGGUCAAGUUGCUCGCCCAGUGCGACGUGAACACUACUAUUCCACGAAUCAGAAACAACCCCUGUAGCGCGCCUAUGUCGAUGCUGGGAUCGGCUUCUGAACUUGUACAAAUCCGGCAAGUCGUCCAAGAAAGUGCCAUAAGCGAGUUUGGCACCCACGUACCUGGUUCACUCAAAGUUGAGAAGGUUCCGUUCUUACCUGAUCGAGCAUGUGAGGUUGUAUUGGUGCGACACUUGUGGAGGAUAGAGUCGGACUCGGACCGAGAAGUAUCCUGCAAACUGGAGUCUGCAAGAGCCUCAAGUCUCUGGAAAGAGCACGGUCAAUCGGUAAAUGGAAAGGUCGGCAGAGCUGAAAGGUGAGGCUUUGUUUGAAACAUUAAAGCAGACCAAGCUUUGCCUUGAAUCACUUCUCUGCCGUCCGAAUCUCUUGUCACCAGCGGAGACACGGGUUGCGACAGCACGUACAAAAGAAGGAAUCAGGACCACAGUCCACAUGUUCACCGUUCGCUCAUAGAUUUGGUGAUGCAAUGAAGUAGUCCAUCGCGCAAAGGCUCCUCUACCUGGAACUCUGCGCAAGCCAAGCCGAGGCCAAGCCCACAGAAGAUUCGGUCGGUGGAUUUCCG